UUGAAACAAACCUUCUUUUUUUCUUUCUUUCUGCAUUUUAAAUAUACACAAGACAAGAUGUUGCAAAGAGCUGCUAGCAAUGCUUACUCAUGGUGGAUGGCUAGCCAUAUCAGAACUAAGCAAUCAAAAUGGAUGGAACAAAACCUUCAUGAUAUGGAGGAAAAGGUAUCUCAAGUGCUUAAACUCAUCGAAGAAGAUGGAGAUUCGUUUAUGCAAAAAGCCGAAAUGUACUACAAAAAGAGGCCUGAAAUCAUAAGUUUCGUGGAAGAAUUUUUCCGUGGUUACCGUGCCUUAGCCGAUCGAUAUGAUCACUUAUCAACCGAGUUACAGAAUGCAAACAACACCAUUGCUGCUGUUUGUCCCGAUCAAGUCCGGUUCGGCAUAGAUGACUAUGACGACGAUGAUUGCGCACCCAGGCCAAGGAAGCCUUCUAAUAACAUGUGCAAAGUCCCUAAGGUUCCGAAGCUACCUGUUAAAGAAUUGAAGUUCAUAACAAAUACCAAGAAGAAAGUGCAAGAGAAGAAAGCGACGAAAGCAGCUACGGUAGUUCCCAAGUCCGGUUUGACCAAGGAAGAGGGAAUUGGGAAUAUUGAUAAGCUUCAGAAACGAAUCCUGGCGUUGCAGACUGAGAAGGAAUUUGUUAAGAGUUCUUAUGAGAGUGGAUUGGCCAAGUACUGGGAAGUUGAGAAUGAGAUCAAAGAAAUGCAGGAGAAAGUUGAUACUUUGCAAGAUGAAUUUGGUGAAGGGAAGCUGAUUGACGACGAUGAAGCUCGGAACUUAAUGGCGGCGACGGCUUUGAAAUCGUGCAAAGACACAUUGGAUCAUCUGCAGAAGACACAGGAGAGGGCGGUUGUGGAAGCUGAAGUAGAGCAAAAUAGGAUCAAUGAUGCAAGGGGGAAGUUGGAUGCUUUGAAGAAAGUGCUUCUAUCCAAUGAAUCUGCUGCAGAGGUAUCGAGAAUUGCAGAAGAAAGGGCGAAAAAAAUGGAAGCCAAAGCGGUUAACAUGGUGGAACAGAGAAAGGAGGAAAUGGAGCCCAAGGAUGGCGAUGAUGACGAUAUCAUAGACAUGGCGGAGAAGAUCGAUGUGUUAGUGAACAAGGUGACCAGCUUAGAAACUACAGUUUCAUCUCAGACUGCUCUUAUUCAGAGAUUAAGAUUAGAAAAUGACGAACUUCUAGCCUUGAUUCAAAGCCUAGAAGAUGGUAAGAAAGACAAUCUCAUGGAUAGGAACCAUGAUAUGAAGAAGUUAACAGAGAUGGAGAUUAAGUUGCUAGGGGUUCAGGAUCUAAACCACAGCGUUGAAGACCGAAGCAACAAUCUGCAAUCUCAUUUGAAUGCAGCACAUUCUAAUCUUGAUGAACUUUCCAAGAAAGUGAAGCCUGUUGAGGAUCUUGAAACCUCCAAAAGCUUGCCUGCCUCCGCCAAGAAGGAAACCAAAGAAAAGCCCAAGAGGGCAAAAGCAGGCAAGGAAUUUUUGACCCCUAAACCCGCAAGUUCCCCGGUGGAAAUCAAAACCGAAAAAAGUUCUGAAGUCGAAUCCGAAAAAAGGUCUGAAGAACACGUCCAAGUCCCGACCCCCACCGCCACUGCCAUGGCUGAUGAAUCGAAAGCAAUAAGUUCUGUUCCAAAAUCUGUAGAGAAAGCCGAUGAACCGAAAGCAGUAAGUUCUGUUCCGAAAUCUGUAGAAGAAGUCAAUGAACCGAAAGCAGUAAGUUCUGUUCCGAAAUCUGCAGAAGAAGCCAAUAAACCGAGAGCAGUAAGUUCUGUUCCGAAAUCUGCAGAGGAAGGAAGCGUUAGCCGUGAAAGUUCUAAGGUUUCAGAUGAUUAUGAAGAGCUAAAAGCAAUGGCUAAAGUUGUGGGGCAAGCUUCGUCACUGAUAGCCAACACUGUACCCAAAUCCGACUCAAAAGAACAUGAAUACGCUGAACUGUCUCGGUGCUUGGAGGAAACCAAGAAGAAGUUACUGGAACUGGAAGCAAAUCAUCAAAACGAACUGUUUGAACUAACAUUGCAGUUAAAAGAAUUGAAGAACAGCAACUCCAAGAAAGACGAAGAGAUUCGAUCUUUACGUCUGAAAGUAAGCCGAAACCAAAGCGGUAUCGCCAAAACCAACAACGCUGACCAAUCCGAGGAAUUCGAAUGCAUACCAGCGUCUGCAACUACAUCAGCAAUUCCAGCAGAAGAGAAAGAAGUGAAGGAAGUAAAAGAAGUAAAAGAAGUGAAACAAGAGAAAGAAAAGAAAGAAGUAGCUCUGGGCCAGCUUUUGGACUCGGAAAAAUCGGCAGUGGAAGAAAGGUUCCGGACGAACAUCGACGAACUGCUAGAAGAGAAUUUGGAUUUCUGGUUCAGAUUCAGCUCAACAUUAUACGAAGUACAAAAGUACCAAACCGGGGUAAAAGAUUUAGAGAGUGAGGUAUUAAAACUAGAGGAAAGAUCAGAAAACCAAGAGGGAAGCAGCACAAGCAAGUACUCAGUAAAAUCGGACGUACGACCAUUAUACAAGCACCUGAGAGAAAUACAGACGGAGCUGAGCCUGUGGGUUGAAAAAAGCAUGUCGCUGAAAGAAGAACUGAAGAACAGGUUCACGUCCUUAUGCGAAAUCCAAGAGGAGAUCACCAAGGCGUUGAAAGCAAGUGCGGAGGACGAGGAGUUUAGGUUCACGAGUUUCCAAGCGGCGAAAUUCCAAGGCGAAAUAUUGAACAUGAAACAAGAGAACAACAGGGUGGGUGAUGAAUUGCAAGCUGGUUUGGACCUGGCGGCUGCAUUGCAGCGUGAUGCUGAGAAGGCACUGACCAAGUUGAGUGAAGAUUGGGGAGUACAGGGUUCCAAGAGCCGCCACAGCUCUGGCCAACAGGACCCUCGCUCCAAUGUGCCCUUGAGGUCCUUUAUCUUUGGUGUCAAACAAAAGAAACAAAAGACUUCCAUCUUUUCCGUGGUUCAGGGCCAACGGAAGUACCAUAAAUCCGGAAAUAGGUAGUAAUAGAUAAAUGUGCUUCCAC